AUGACCCGCCUGCGUGUCGCGGUCCUGGAAGUGCUGGUCCAGGAAUGUGGUGUGGAGUUGUCCGAUAGAACACAUCCUAGGAAAAAAGACAUGGUUGAAGCGCUGCUAUCUGUGCUCCCAGUAUGUGCCCCUAUGGAUGUCGACAUUGGGGAGAACGAGCUAGAUCCUUGUGAUCAGGUGUUCAUCACCGAUGAAUUAAUAGAGGAGUAUGCCUCACAAGUAAAAUUGCAUACGGCUGAACUGAGCAGAUCGGCCAAAGUCUUGGCGGAUAAGGAGAUAAACAAUAUUCAGGAAAGCAUGGUGCUGCUCGCGACCGCGAUCCAUUGGGGAACUUCACAUGUAACAUCACCCCAUCACGCUCAGCAAUACACUACAUAUAUGAGGGCAUACCUUGAGUGUACUCAAGAAAUAUUUCCGCGCCAUUCAUGGCGCCCCAAUCAUCAUGCAGCUCUACACAUUCGCGAGUUCCUCUUGAGAUAUGGUCCUAUGCACAAUUGGUGGAUGUUUCUGUUUGAGAGGAUCAUCGGUGCAUUGCAAAAAACGAACAUGAACUACAAAAUAGAUGAGUGUAUGGCCAUAAUACAGAAAGAAAAGAACAGUAUAAACAACAUAACAGGAGAACUAGAGAAAACAAUGUUGGAGACGUUCUGUGCAGCCGCGAAUGUUAAAGCCAUGAUGCAGAAUCCUACAGGACCUGUCAUUCUCAACGAAGCAGCGAAAAAUUUGGGUCAAUGCUGUGACCCCUUCACAGGAGGUGAGAAAACCAACAUAGGAAUUUUAUCCACGGUUGGACAAGACACCAAUUCUCACCAGGACAUUCAUGACCUCAAGACCCCCGUUCCUGAUGAUCUCGAGAAAGCAUGGCAAAUAGCAGAAACUCACCUACAUCAAGGGCGUCCUUAUGCUAGAUGCAACCAUUUUACUCUAUACAAGCAGUUGAAUGUUCUGGGCGUGCAGUACUGUGGGUAUGCCUGGUCAAAGGAAGACUCCAGUGUGUUCUUCCAGUGGACACCUCAAGAAUUUGUGCCUGGCGUGAUCGAGUACAUUUUCUCCACAGGGGAAGAGGAUCAGCAAAAAUACUAUUUUGCAUUGCGGCAUAACAUACCUUUAGCAGCAGAGCAUCAAGAUCCUUUCCAAUUGUAUGGGGACUUUGGCGCACAGCUCUGGAGUUCUACCCACAGCCAACAUCUUGACAUUGUUCCAUGGGGGGAAACCAACGUCGUGCUGAAACAUUUAAACCGGAAAGAGAAACAGGCACAAAGUUUCGAGACUUAUAUAGUGAACGAAAUGAAUGAAACAGCCUGGGAAAUUCUGUGCUUGCUAGUGGCAUCACUGGCUAUUCCUGAUAUAGCCGACGCAGUUACACUGAGUGGGUAUUAG